CGCCGACUCAAGCAAUCAUUCAUGAUCCAGCGGUGGCGGUGCAGGCUGAUUGUUCAUUUCUUGGUAUGGACCUCAAUGGACCGUCAAGUACGCCAGGGCUGCCGUCGCCUGGCGAUCUGAUCGCGCAGCAACGGAAAGAUGCCAUCCAAGCGGCCGGGCAGCCCCCAGCUGAGGGAGGCCUUCUCGCGCAGCUUACCAGCAAUCCUUUCUUCACAGCGGGAUUCGGUCUCGCAGGUUUGGGAGCUGGUGUGAGUUUGGCGCAAAAGGGACUCCGCCAUGGCGCCGCGCUCCUCCGCCGGCGCAUGCUCGUUGACGUCGAAAUCAACGUUAAGGACGAGUCUUAUCCAUGGUUUCUGCACUGGAUGACCUUACAUCAAAGCUCUCAACUCAACCCAGCACGCGCCGCAGCCAGCAGGUCUGGUUUCAUGGAAUCGAUCCUCCAGAAAUUGACCCCGGGAACACGCCAUCUGUCCAUUCAAACGGAAAAGGUGGAACACACCAACGGGGCCAUUCAUACCCAAUUUGCCCUCGUUCCUGGCAUGGGCAACCAUGUGCUGCGAUACCAUAAUGCCUUCAUUUUCGUCAAUCGAAUGCGCGAGUCGAAGUCGGUAGACUUACACACUGGUAAACCGUGGGAGACCAUCACGCUUACCACCCUCUACGCACAUCGCCACGUUUUCGAAGAGAUAUUCAAGGAGGCGCACGCUUACGCGGUUCAGGCGCACGAAGGAAAGACUACGAUCUAUAACAGCUGGGGUACGGAGUGGAAGCCUUUCGGAAAACCGCGGAGCAAGCGCCCAUUAGAGUCUGUGAUCCUCGAUGAAGGUGUCAAGGAGCGUAUCGUGGAGGAUGUCAAAGAUUUUGCUGCGAGCUCGAAAUGGUACCAGGACCGCGGCAUCCCAUACCGACGUGGCUACUUACUCUACGGCCCACCUGGCACUGGUAAAAGUUCUUUCAUCCAGGCCUUGGCCGGUGAGCUGGACUAUGACAUUGCCAUUGUGAACCUGAGCGAACGUGGCCUGACUGACGAUCGGUUGAACCAUCUUCUUACUAUUCUGCCCAGCCGAACGCUUGUUUUGCUGGAGGAUGUAGACGCUGCUUUCUCCAAUCGUCGCACCCAGACCGAUGAAGACGGAUAUCGCGGAGCCAACGUGACUUUCUCCGGCCUUCUCAAUGCUCUGGAUGGAGUGGCAAGUGCCGAGGAACGAAUCAUCUUUCUCACCACCAACCACGUCGAACGAUUGGACGAGGCGCUUGUCAGACCGGGUCGGGUGGACAUGACCGUCCGCCUAGGCGAAGUGACUCGUUAUCAAGUGGGUUGUCUGUGGGACCGGUUCUAUGGGGAUUUGGAUCAAAGCGCAACAUACCGCCAAGCGUUCAUCAACCGACUUCAGGAAUUGGGACUUAUUGAAGACGAAGAGGGGAACAAAGCAGACUGGGCGAGGAGCACCAGUGCCGCCGCCUUGCAAGGCCUGUUCCUGUACAACAAGGGCAACAUGGAAGGCGCUAUUGCCAUGGCCGAAGGACUUAUGUUCAGGGUCCAUGCUGAAUCUACGGAUAACAGCAGUUAAAAUCUGUAUUGUAAACUCAGUCUCAUGUAAAUUAGGUCUACGCACAGCUUCAUGUACAUGUAUUAUAC